AGUCCUUGUGAUGGUGAUGGCUUUGCACUGUGGCUUAGUCGCAUUUAUUCAUUCUGUUUUAGUUGUUAGAUUCACCAAAAUAUCAACCAUAUGAUUUUUCUCUACGGUUGUUAAUUUUUUUAUCAUUUGUUUUGCACGAUAAAUUUUUGGAAAUGUCGUCAAUGUUUCUCGAAGAAGAUUAUGUAAUUGUAAGGUGUAGUGUCGAAAUCUUAUUUCACUUCGGUGGUGAAGCAGCAAGCAAGUAUCUCUCUGAUAAACGAGAUAAAAGCCCCCUUAUUCAUUCCACUUCAAGUUUUAUUGAUUUCUUGAAAUCAUUACUGAACUUUGAUGAGAUUAAUGAGGGAAUAAAAAGCUUGAAAGAAACUCAAAAUUAUUGUCUGACAAAGAAGCAAACUUUAAGAAGAGAAAAAUGCAAUGGAGAUGACUUGAGAUUGUUGAUCCUUGACAUAUUUUGUACAGAUGCUGAACUUUUUGAGGCUAUCUUAAAUUUAGCAAAACAAGGUUUCAAAGAUUGUGUUAAAGGAGCAUUCCUUAUACAAAAAUCUUGGAAGCAAUAUAAAAAAAUUUAUCAAAAAGUUGUUAAAAUUGGAGGAGAGUUUUUAGAAUUGAACUGUAACGGUACAAAAUUGGAACAUUUAAAUAAUAGUGUUGAAGUUUCUGAAUCAUUGGAUGCCAAUCAAGAGGCAUUUAAGUCGAACUCCAUAAAAGAAGUGCAAGCAGCCAUUGCUUUUGGGUAUGGAUUGUUCAAUAUGGUUGUGUCGCUGAUUCCCCCCAAAAUUCUUCAGCUAGCUCAUUUCUUUGGUUUCAAUGGUGACCAAGAACUUGGAUUGCAAUGUCUAACCUAUGUUUGUAAUAGUCAAAAUGGGAAAGCAGAGAUGUCAAGACUUGGUUUGCUUUGGUAUCAUGCCAUAAUUCGACCUAUGUAUGCUUUGGAUGAUGAUAUUGAUUCGGGUUUGAAGGAAGCAAGUAAGCUGUUCUGUGCACUCAAUGAAAAUUUACGAACAUCAGCUGUUGCAUAUUAUUUUCAUGGUCUCUUGCUUCGUUGCAAGGGGGAUUUUAGCAUGGCACAUAAAUUUCUUAAUAUGGCCUUGGAAAAACCACUUGCUUUUAAAGAAGUGAGGAUGUUUUGCGAUUAUGAAAUAGGUUGGUGUCAUAUUUUGGAAAUGAAUUGGGAUGGUGCCAUUGAAGCAUUUUCAAGAGUUAAAGAUGCAGCACCCAUGUCCCAGUAUUUCUAUGUAUAUCUUCUUGCUGUUCUUUAUGGUGUUCAAGACAGGGCAAGCAAAUCAUCAAUAUAUUAUCGUUUUGUUCCGAAUAUGAUAAAACAAAAAACACCUUUGACUGUUUUUCUCACUAGGAAGGCCAUCAGUUGUUAUGAAUCGCCUCCUGACGUGACGGAAAGUCUUGUUUUACUUUUGGAAAUCAUUUAUCUUUGGGAAAGCUUUUCAUCAUACAACGAAGCUACAUUGUUUUGUUUCAUCCCACACUUAGAGAAGUCAGUGAAAGAUGAAUAUCUUGGCUUAAAGCUAUUUCUUAGUGCUUGCAUUUAUCAAAGAAUGGGAAAAUUAACAAAAUCAGUUGAGUGUUUUAAAACGGCAAUGAACACAAGUGUCAAUGGUGACAAACAUGUGUAUCCUCAUGCAUCUUACGAACUAGCAAUAAUUUCUUUAAAGAUGUGUCAGUUUCAAAGAGCGAAAGAAUAUUUACAAAAAGCAAAGGAAACUUGCAAUGGUUGCGACUUUGAGAACAAAAUAAAGAUGAAGAUUAAUAUUGCUACGAACAAACUACAAGUGAAAUUAAAGAAUAGCAUCCACUCAUGAACUAAUGUUUAACACAUACAUUUUUCUUAGACCGGUACAAUCGCUUCAUAUCCUCUAUUAUGAGCGAAAAAAUAUUUAUAUUUUAUAUCACGCAAUAACAACGUUCGAUCAUUUCCACUAUUUAUUUUCAUCUUGCAGUUCUUCAUCAGUCUGUACUUGGUAUAUAGACGAAACGUGUCAUUUUUUAUUUAUUAAAUUAUUUCUUUACUGCACUCAAAA